AUGUCUACUAAGGAAAGUCAUCGCCCAUUGAGAUUACUAUCUCUAGAUGGCGGGGGAGUUAGGGGACUUUCUUCGCUUAUAAUACUUGAACGCUUGAUGUGGAGGGCCGAUCCCAAUGCUAGAGUUUCUGAUUAUUUUGAUAUGAUUGGCGGUACAAGCACAGGAGGCAUCAUCGCUAUUAUGCUUGGGUGUUUGAAUAUGAAAGUCUCUGACUGUAUUGAUGCAUACGGAGAACUUUCCCGAAUGAUCUUCAAACUCUCCUGGAUAAAGGGUAAUCCCGCCGCUAGAGGUCUUCGUGCAGCCGUUGGUGCUGCGCAAUUUGAUUCGGAAACCUUGAAGAAAGCAAUUUUUCAGAUCCUGGAAAAGUAUCUUCCUAAGGAAAGGAGGGGAAACAGAUCAGUUAAAGAUGUUCCAUUUCUUUGCGACACAGAUAAGUGUAAAGUGUUUGUGGUGGCAGCCCAAUACGCCGACGGAGCUCCCACUCUUAUCCGGAACUAUACCAGCUCCGAUUCUCCAGAAAAUAUGGAUUUCAAGAUCUUCGAAGCAGCUAUUGCUACUUCUGCAGCCCCGACCUAUUUCUCCCAUUUCUCUAAGCAAAGGGAGGGCAAUACUGAUACGGCCGACUUUGUGGAUGGGGGCAUUGGGUCUAAUAAUCCCAUUCUACAUCUUGAUAUCGAAAGGAAAAAGUUUUUUGGAGAUCGCAAGAUUGGUUAUGUCAUCAGUGUGGGGACAGGUAUUGCCACCACAGCUACAGAGGUCUCGACAAAUCCAAUCUCACUGGCGAAAAAGAUUUUAAGCAUCCUGACGGAUUGUAAAUCGGCUCACACACUUUUCAACCAGCUCAAUCGAGACUAUAAAUAUUUUCGUUUUGCUGCAGAUGGGUUGGAUGGUAUUGCACUUGACGAGUGGUCGGAGUUGCAAAAGAUUAGACAAAUCACCUCAAGUUAUCUCGCGGCUAGUGAAUGGCUUAUCGGCGAUUGUAUAAAGCUUAUGAAGAAAUUAAACGAUCCAAACCAACUAGGUGAAGUAGAACCUCUGAACCCUGAGCAAAAAGAUUGUAUGGAGGAAUAG